CCAGGGUGAUGAAGAAGAUGUAGUUAUUCGGCCUAAAAAAAUACAUAAAAUUGUUCGGUUUAAGACGUGAAAUUGUGUGAAUCGUGACGACAGUUACCAUGGCCGGUAUCAGGAGAGUAAACGGGAAAAUCUCGGGGAUAAACCCCGUUGUCAGUUGCUGUCGCUUGCGCCAGGUUCAGUCUCUGCUCAAUGAGGGUGGCACUGCUACUCCUGAUGGCAUCCUGUGCUCUCUUGGAAUUGACAGCAGAUAUAAUGAGGGGUGCACUGAGUUGGCGAAAUACCUGUUCUACGGACUAUAUGGAAGAAAUCUGCUGAAUCUGGAACAUGUCCUUGAGGAAUUUCCUGAAGAAAUGCUGGAUGACGUAAUCCUGCUGAUAAAAGCGGAGUGUGUUCAUCUCUACUGCAAUCCAAUGAACUACAGUUACCUGUUGCCAUACGUGUCCCACUGGAGGAACCUGCAUCUCUACUGCAUGACAGAGGCGGAGUAUGAAGAUGAGGAAGCAGCGGAGGAAUUCAAAAUCUCCAGUUUUGUCACGAUGGUGCAGGACUGCUAUCGGAUCGGAGUACCUUACAGCUCCCAGGGACACGUCCAGAGGUUUGAUAUGUUUAUGGUGGAAAAGUGGCCCCUGAUUCAAGCAUUUGCCCUGGAAGGCAUCGGUGGAGGAAGCUUUUUUACCAUGAAGUACAAGCUGAUGGACAUGAGUGAGAAGCUGUGGCAGGUUUACAACAGACUCGACCCAGUGUCCCUGGAUAAUCUCCUCACAGAGGACUUGGUUAACUUUGAGAAGCAGUGGAGUGGCUUUUUCUCCAGCAUGGACCUUGAGAGCUAUCUGUCCAUCUUGGAGCUAUCUGAAGCACAGGCAGGAGAGGCAUUCCGUACUUAUUACUCUCAUGGUCUGAUCUCAAGUAACAUCACAGAUAAGAGUAAAAGUCAGCAGCCCUUUGUGUUGUUUGGAAAGCAUUCGUCCGCCGACGAUUUGGAGAGUUAUUCGUUCAACUUUCCCUCAGAAAGUCAUCAGGUCCGAAACACAGGACCUCGAGGUUCUGCAGCCAGACAAAUGAUUCUGCAGUGUGUGGCUCCAAAAGGACCUCUAGCUUGCUCUCGGACCUAUUUCUUUGGGACCACCCACACCCCAUACCUUGGAAAUCAAAACGCGGAGCAAAAGGAAACAGAAGUCCUACUUUUGUCACAGAUAUAUUCAGCUGCUGUUCAAGCAGUCCUUUCAGGAAUCAAAUGCUACUCCUGUACCUCCAGCGCUACCAAGGCCAAGGAUGUAGCAGAGAACACCUUUUUGUUGGCUUUGGACUCAGUGAAUUUAAGUCAGUACCGCAGUUGUCUCAGAUCCAAAUGUGAAUUCAGCAUUCAAGCAGUAAAUAUGCAAGGCAGGAUCAUUCCUCUGACUGACGAACGAAGCCGUUAUGUAGUAAAAACAGCCUCUAUGACUGUCCACGACAUCCCAGACCUGCAGUGGGAUGGCUGCGACCUCGGCUCUGUGGUCUUCUCUGAAUCAUUCUUGGAGUCCAGCAUCAACAUUCAACAGAAAGAUGGCACUGUGUCCUCAGACAGCUGCUACACCAUCCUGACUACAACUGUGCCUCGAUACGCCUGCUGGAUGAUGGAAUCUGAUGUCAAACAGUCUGAGCAAGCCCAACAUCUUGCUAAGAAAGAGGAAAGCACUUGUCUGGGAACCGCUCUCACCGUAGCAGAUGCUGGAUAUGUGUUCUCCAGCAGCCAGCUCUCUACACCUGAAGAAGGAAAAAUCAUUUUCUUCUCCGAGGGACUCCUGUUUAUCCAUUCUCAAUAUGGAAGCAUUACUCUGUCCAAGGAUCACAUCAGCAGCAUCAAGUUCUAUGAUCCGGAUUCGAGUGCUGUGGCAUCUCUCCUUGUGGAGUAUGACAGCAGCCUGCUCCCCCACCUUCCAUUCCCUCUCCACAGCGCUGACCGUUGUCUGGUCUUUGCUCUUCAGCCCAGGUCUAAGAGCCACAGGGCCUUCUACUCCAAGGUUUUGUCAGUGUGGCAAAACUCUGAAUCUGGACUCACUCUGCAAGUGGUGGACCAAAAGCACCUGACCUGGAACCAGAAAAACAUGCACACCAGACUGCAGAAGCUGCAUGACAGUCAGGAGCCACCAGUGGCCAAACGCAGAGGCAGUCUGAAGACUUCAUAUUCCCAGCUGCCGGAGCAGGACAUGUUUCUUCAGCACUUUGCCUUGAGUAGUAUCGGUCAGGAGCCCAUUCUGUAUGACCACCUGGGGGUGCUCUUUCCCUCUGCUGAGCUGAGGAAUGCAGCCAGCGGUCAGGGAGACAAGGUUGUCAUUACCAUCAUCACUGGAUUACCAGGAAGCCACAAGAAGAGACUCUGCGACUUCCUGGUCCAGUUGAACAAGGAACGUGGAAGGUGGGUGGUGUACAAGCCUGGUCCUGACAGCUGUGACAGCUUCUCAGCCGCGCACCUGCAGCAGUAUUUGUCCAGCUUCCUGGAGAGCCAGAGAGGCCCAGGAGGCAAACCCCGUCUGUUGGUGCUCUCACCUGGAUACACAGAUGUUCUGGAUGUGGUCCAGGCUGUGCUUUUUCACCCUGACCCAGUUGUCCAGGCGUGUUUCACCAUCGGCGCUGUCACUGCUUGUGUGGACCCCCUUGCCUCCUGUGUGGAGCACAGGUUUGUAUUUCCUAAACUGUUGGAGCAGUGCAGCCAAGGUAUUGUGAGUACAGUGGUGUUCACCGGGCUGACAGCAGAGCAGAAGCACCCUCUCAUGCAGCAUGUUCAGCAGUUGGUACGCUCUGCCAACCCCACCGCAGCCUUCAUACUGGCAGAGAGAGGAGCUGUCACCAGGAAUGAAGAUGUGAAUCUAAUAUUUUCUGAGAGCAGCUUCAAUGAGCCACAGAUGCUGAGGGCACGUUAUGUCCUCUACCCUGGAUGGUGCAAAGGGCGCUUCUUCUCUGGAUCUGGGUCUCUGGUUCUCACUCAGCAGCGCGUGGCUUUCAACCGGCCCCUAGAGAGGCCUCUAUUUGUCACCCGCUGUAAAGCAUUCAAGUCAUCACUAAGGCCAAGCCCCUUCUGUGGAAAUGUGUACAAUGUCUGGGGAAAAGUCAGAUUUUCUGACUCAGACCAACUGAUGGAGGUGGCCUACAACACAGUGAGUGGGAGCCUGAGCAUUGUCCCAGACCAGAACAUUGAACCUUUGACCCCGGGCCCCAAAGCGACCUGCUACCUGAUCUUUGAUGGUGUUGGCCUCACCGAGGAGGGACUCAAGGACUGGCUCAGACUGUGCGCCAAGCAGAGGCAGACAAAGAAGCCUAAGAAGACUAAAAAUACCCUUUCACCACAAGAAAUCAAGAGCAUACAUGUGACCAGGCACCUGGACCCACUACCACAGGGCUUCUUCUACAACGGUUAUCAAUAUGUUGACAUCUUUGGAGAGAAAAUGAACAUCCAUCCCAACAUGGGAGAGUUUAUUAAAGAGUACCUCACAGAGGCCAACAAAGAGAUCGAGCUGUUCAACCAUCAGCUGGAGCUGCAGGGACAGCCUGAUCUGUUUGACCCAUGAUAGAAUCUGUCUGUAUGUCCACUGCCUCCAUCUGUCUUAUUUAACUCUAAGGGAACCACUGUGGGAGGGACAGGGAGGGCACAGGGGUUACGUACUGACCACUCCACUAGAAUUGUCAAUGUGUGUUCACACCAUAUGCAUCUGCAGACAAUGCUGCUAGAGGUCCAUUCAUUAUUUAUGUACUAUGACACUUUGUUUCUAAUUUGGUGGCAUAAAAAGGUUGGUUGCAAAAGCAGUUAUGUCAUGGUAUGGCUGUUUGCCUUACUUUCUAACUGCUGCACCACUAACUGUACAGUUAGCACUGCGGCGAGUUAAGUAUCAUAUUUAUCAAAUUAAAGUAACAAAUUGAUGUGGUCACUCGUGUUGGUUCAAAUUAAGACACGUUUGUCAAGAGAUGAGAGUCGAUCACAACUGCAGACAAAUCUGAAACAUAACGCAACACAAGACUUCAUCUUUAAACCAAUGUGAUUACGCCACUAAGCCUGCAAUCUAUGAGACUUUCACAAUCGAAGGGAAUUUCCAACCGCACACUCCUACAGCUUGUGCGUUUCUGUUUAUCACAGUUGGCAAAUUAAUGCCUCUAUUUCUGGAUAGGCAUGGAUAGCCGUGUGAUUCUGGUGGGCUCCCUAGUGGGGUUUCUCAAGAAUCGCUCCUCCUCUGUUGUCACCCAAUCCAUGGCCCACCUGUUAUCUUGUCUGCGUGCCACGCUGCAGCAGAGGGAGCGCUUGGCCAUAGAGCUGUAAACAUUGGACAGCCUGUUGGCUGCAGACAACUGAUGAAUGAUGCCAUUAAUCACAUAGCUAAACGCCAUCCCAGUGCUUUAUUUUAAGACUCAUAAAGUGAAUCUAAUGAAAGUGCAAUAAAGCAGACUUCAGUCCCUGCAGCAAAGUGUCGUAGUUAUAUAAAAGAGCUGAGGCAGUCAGAAACGCAUCGGAUCUCUGAGGUUACAUGUCAGACAGAAACUUUUCCUUAAACCACUGUAUUCUAUUAUUAUAGUGCUGCUAAUUAACAGUGAGACACCAGGUAGACACAGAAAGUUAAGCAAAGCCUCACUGCAGCAAGGUGUGGAUCACCCAUUACACCAACAAAUUUGUUACAUUGUUGUCAGUGUGAACAUUCCCAUGUCAUGUUUUGUUUCAUAUCUCUUGGGUCACUGCUUUUGGGUAAGCCAAGGGGGGAAAAAAUGAAAGAAUCUGGGGAAACCUGGAUUCAGGUUUUGGUUAGGUUUGGGUAAACAUGAGUAGAGCCUUUAGUGAAAGGUGUAAGGCUUUGUAUCAGCGGUGUGAUGUUACAGAGAAUCAAACUUUAUGUCCUGUCUAAAUGAGUAGUUAUGCUACUGUCUGCUCUGCGCUCGUGUGUCACGCUAAUAUUCUAUGCAUGUCUUCCUCUUAUCAGGGUUCCUACAUAGGUUUUAAAAUGUGUCGGAUAAGCUAUCAGUAAUUUAUUGGGAAAAUCUAUGUUGUUGUAAUUUGUGCAGCUGCAUAUUUGGGUUUCAUUAAACCCAUUUAAAUUAUAAAUCGUAACAUGCAAACAAGCAUUUCAAAGUAAAAGUGUGGUAAACAAGUGGAAUUUAGACGUUUAAAAUGUGUAGGAACCCUGCCACAGUCUCUGGAGAUUUGAUGGGUUUCAUUUAUCAUGGGGUCAGCAGUGUAACAUGCAGAUUAAUUGGUAAUCUUUGGGUCAUAUGGAGCUAAGAUUGUUUAAAGUGAAUUGAUACUGACAAAGGAACAUUUAAAUGUACAUAGAAGUGUGCACAUACUGCUGCUACAACAAUGGUACGAUAUAUUGCAUUGGCCUUGUACAUUGUACCAAACAAAUUGCCUGUAUUCAAUAGUGAAUACUCUGAGAUUUUUACUAUGUCAGAUAAGAAAGGAAGUGUGCCAAGAGCAUAUUUUAAGUCAAUGAUCUUUAGCAGAGGGGGAAAAUGCUUGCUUGUAACUUUUCCAUUUAAAGAUAUUUUUAGAACUUAUUUUAGGUUGCCAUUCACAUCGCUGCCUAUGUCAUGUUUUACAGAUCUGUCUAUCAGCGCUGUCAGCAAGUAUAAAAAAAUCAAUAAUUUUGUUUUCAGCUGGCAGACAGAGAGUGAUAGCAUUGUUAGUUAUUUUCCCCCAGGUGACCUGAACAGAUUUAAAUGAUCCUCACUCUGAAUUCAACUUGACACUGCUGGCCUCAUCCCUCCUCUCAGUAGAGUCCACUUUGAUCUGAACAAGCCAUACCAUCUUAUGCUAGAUGUGCCACUGUCUUAUAGAAGAAAUAUUACAAUGCAUAGAAUAGCACAUAACAUAGCAAUGAAGUAUGCCUCUAACAUGUAUUACCCUGGCAUGUUCCAGCCAGCAAAACAGGGGUUCACAUAUUGGAGGAGGAGCUCACCGCAAGUUACUCAUUCCAUUAACUCCUCUCUAACUCCUUCUCUUUUACUCUAUAAAAGAAGUGCAAUUGUACCUUGUGUUUUUAUAUAUUGUACUUACAGUACCCUCAAAUAGCUCUUUAAGGACACAGUAGGGUAAACAAAUGGGCUGCUAAAUUCUCAGUCUCUCACAGCUUGUAUUCUGGAUUCUUGCUUUGAGUGUUUGUAGCUCUUAUAACGCCAUAAAGGGUCCUUACAGCACGUGAAGGGUUUAGUUGCAAAUGCCACUUAAAAAAAAGCUUUACCUCCGCUACAAAUGACAGAUAGAACAUAAUGCAAACAGAUUAUAGUGCUUUUGUGAUAAUAUGUAACAUAAAUCCUUUGUUGACAAUAUGAUAGCUGUUGUUUAAGCUGGAUCCUCUUUUUAGCGUUUCAGGGAUGCACUCUCAAAGCAGUCUGUUUUGAGCAACAGUUGCUGUCGUUCUGUAGUUAUGUAAUACUGCAGAGAGUUACCUUGAUUGACAGUAAAAUAGUUGUGAGGCUGAUGUAUGGGAGACUGAAGGUUCCACAGCUUUGAAACCUGCUACACAUAUCAAAGAGCAGGGAAACUGAAAGUAUAAUUGGCCAAAAGAUGAAAAAGUAGUCCUUAAAGAGUUGAGGGUUAUGUAAGAUGUUUGUGAUAUUUAAAUCAAAUUACCACUAAUGCAUAUGCGACUACUUCUACAAGUACGUCUACACUAUUUUGCAUGUGUUGAGAUGUCAUGUGAAUAUGAUACCACAUAUAUUCUGAAAGAAUUGCCUUUCACCAAACUGGUACAACAAAGAGAAAAUAAUUACAUUUAUUUUACAUAUCUGCUAAGAAUUUGAAUUACCUCGGAUCGACAAAUAGUAUUUUUGUAAGACUGUGAAUUGAACAUUCUAGGUGCAAGCUAAACGUCUCUUCUCGCACAAGCUACAAAAGCAAAAGCAGAUGCAAUUUUUUUGUAGAAAAAAAAACUCGAAGAGAAUCUGAUCAGUUGUGAGAUGUCAGGUUUCUCUGAUCCAGCAGUGCCUUGGCUACGGCUAAGAAAAGCAGAGAUUAAAGCUGCAUUCAGAGCUCCAUCCUUUUCCCUGUCACAGGGGGAGAAGGUGUUGUCAGGCGCGAAUCCGUCCUUCAACAGUGUUGGUGAAAGGAAUCCAUAGAGUCGUUCUUUAAAGCAAUGUGUUUUUACUAAGUCAGAGGGUAAAGUAGGUGAGGUCACACAGGGGAAGGCUGCAGGAGGGCUCAGGGCGAUUCAGGUAUUUUUGAAAAUUAACCAAAAAGAUGGUGGAAUAUGGACUGGGUACCACUAAAACCAGUACAGUUCAGAGACUUAUUUUAGCUUAUUACAUGAGUGACAUCAAUAACAAUAUCUAAUGGGAAAUACAAAUGUUUUUCAUACCCAGUCCUAGUUGGUAUUCAAAACCUUGAUGUUUUGUAUCAGAGUAUGGCCAAAUAAAGAGGAUUAAGUUUGUUUGGUGACCCCUACUUAUUGCACAUUGGGGGCCCAAAGAGCCCUCCAUAAGCCUCUCCGUGUGACUGCUAUGCAGCCCUCUGGCAAACUGAGCACCCUGGUGUCUUUAUCCUGUAUGUGGAGGCUAGCCAUGUUGUAGCUGAAGUUAUAGGACAAAAACAAAGUUUGGUGUUAAUUGGUUUUAUAUAAAAAGGGGGAAAUGCGGUGUUCUCGUACUGCAAUGUGAUAACGCAGUGUGAGAGGUUUUUGUUCUUUUCUAAUUUUGAAGAUUGGCUCCAGUGUUCAAAAGGGCCAACUGUGUGGAAUGUAUUCACUUCUUGAAGAAGUGGAUAUUUUUAAGGUAUUUUUGUGCUUAUUGGAGAUGGAAAUGGAUUUUUAACUGUCCAAAUAUUUCUCAGGCCUCAGGGGACUGUUGAUACUAAUUGUUUGGGCUGUUCUGUCCUAUCGAGGUUAAAAGGGAAUCACAGGCUCUUCACCCCAAAGUCCUCACAGACAGCGAGAGGAAUUUGCUCAGGUGUACUUAUUAUUAUUUCCAUACCUGAGAUUACAUAUUUGCCCCUUAAAAGCCCCAGUGUUAUAGAAGAAGAUGGGGGUGAAAUUGUGGUUAAUAUCUUCUGUCUGUAGCCACAUACCGGCUGGCAGCACAGUCGUGUACAAAAAAAGCAUGUUGUUAUUCGUGUCAAGUAACGAACGAUUCAAGUUGGGAGGCGUUUCAUGGCGUGAUGGCAGAAUUAGAUCUGGGAAAAAAAGCAAAGGGCUCAUUUCUUCUCCCCUAUCUACAGGCCAUCCAAAGUAAAAGGAAAAAGUAGCUUCUUAUGAUCUCUAUUGUAAAAGAAAGAAAAACUUCAAAAGUGCCAAACUGACUUCCACAUUUUGCUUUGAGGGUGUUCACAGAAAAUGAGCAAAACUGAAUUGCAUUUGCACAAAACUACUGUAACUUUUGUUUUUUUCCUGUGACUGAUGCUUUUAUAAUAUAAUUGUUGUUUUUAUUGCACCACGUAAUCCAUUAAAUAUUUAUAUGGUU